AUGGAUAAUAAGUUUUUCCAACAGAAGGAUGGCAUGGCCAUGGGCAACUCCCUAUCUCCCAUUGUUUGUGACCUGUAUAUGGUCCAUUUUGAGAAACUAGCUUUGGACUCAGCCUUAUUUAAGCCUUCCUGCUGGUUCCGAUAUGUUGACGACACGUUCGUGAUCUGGCCCCACGGUCCCAAUACACUUCAGAAUUUUCUCAUUCACCUCAACAGUAUUAGACCAACCAUCCAGUUUACUAUGGAAACUGAAGUCAACAACACUAUUCCGUUUCUGGAUGUUUUGGUGACAAAAACAGACGCCACCUUUUCCACCAAGGUUUACAGAAAGCCUACCCAUACGGGUCGGUAUCUGAACUUUGAGUCCAACCAUCCACCCCACAUCAAGAAGGGCCUAAUCCGGGGUCUUCAAAAAAGAGCCAUUACCAUUUGCCAGGACCAAAAUGACCAGCAUAAAGAAAUAUCCCACUUAAGACGGGAAUUUCUUACGAAUGGGUACCCCCCAAGUUUUAUCGACUCUGCCUUUAAAACAAAAUCCUGCUCUCGGCCAGAACAGAAUUACAUGGGUACUAUGUACAUUGCAUACGUUAAGGGUGUUUCCGAAAAAAUCAAACGGAUAGCGGAACGGUUCAAGAUCAAAACCAUUUUUCAAACAAAACAUACUCUGAAGAGUAUGUUUGUCAAGACCACUCCAAAAGGAGAACCUCAGCAUACCUCACAUUGUAUUUAUAGUAUCCCUUGUGAGUGUGGCAGAUAUUACAUCGGGGAGACUGGAAGACCGUUGGCAGUGAGACUUCGUGAGCACAAGCACACGUUCAAGGAGGGCCUUCUGGACAAGUCAAGAUUGGCCCAACACGCCUACGAGGAGGACCAUUCUGUGAAGUGGGAUGCAACGGGGAUCCUGGACCUCGAGAGGAACGCUACCGUCAGGAAAUAUAAGGAGGCAGCAUAUAUGGCUUGGGCUGGCAACACGAUUAGCCAACCCAGCUUGGAUUUUUCCAUAAUUUGGUCACCCCUGGUGUUUGAGGAAAUGAAUGGCAUUCACAACAGCAAGAAGAGGGGUGAUUAG